GCGAGCAUGGCGGCACACUGGGCUAAUGAUAAACAUUAUCUUUUAAGCAAACAAAGAGUUUAGAGGUCGUUGACCGAAACAGAUAUGCAAAACACUGUAAAUGAUCUUCUCCGUUGGUAGUUGUACAAUUGCAAAACAACUGCUAGCUAGCAUUGUCGUUGUGUUUCUUUCAUCUUCCGAGCAUCGGAACGCUGGAUUGCAGAGACAGAGAAAUCAAGAUGUAUCCAUGAGAGUUGAGAUUUAGACCAAUACAUUUCAUCACCAUAAACACGUUUCCAGACAUGCAGGAAUAACCUUAGAACUUAUUCUUAUCAUCUGAAAUCUGCGCGACACGUAAUUGUACAGAUGGAGCUUAUUAAAGAAGAGAGAAUGGACAUGAGUGAUCCAAACCCUUACACAGUGAAAAAUGAAGAAACUGAGCUACAGAUAGACCUGCUGGAAAUGAAAGAGGAAAGUCAAGAACUGACAUUGAAGGAGGAGAAAGUUCAGUAUGAGGAACCUCAUUUCAAAACUGAAGAAAAACCUUUUAGUUGCUCAGAGACGGAAAAUGUCUCACAAAAAAGACGUAGAAGAAAUGGAGACCAAGUUUUUUUCACCUGCCUUCAAUGUAAAGAGAGUUUCACAUCUAAAGAACAACUUAUGGGACAUUUUAGAGUUCACUCUGGAGAGAAGCCUUUCCCAUGUGAUCAGUGUGGAAAGAGUUUCAGUCAUAAAGCAACCCUUAAGAAACACAUGAGAGUUCACACUGGAGAGAAGCCUUUCCAAUGCGAACAGUGCGGAAAGAGAUUCAUUUAUAGAGCAAAGCUUAAGAUUCACAUGAGAGUUCACACUGGAAAGAGGCCUUACAAAUGUGAUCAGUGUGGAAAGAGUUACAUACAUAAAGACAACCUUAUUGAGCACAUUAGACUUCACACUGGAGAGAAGCCUUUCACAUGUACUCAUUGUGGAAAAUGUUUCACAAUUAGAGGAAGCCUUCAGAAGCACAUAAGAAUUCACACUGGAAAGAAGCCUUUCUUGUGCCUUGAAUGUGGAAAGGAUUUCAUACAUAAGGGAAACCUUGCGGUUCACACAAGAAUUCACACAGGAGAGAAGCCUUACACAUGCCCUCAGUGUGCAAAGAGUUUCACAUAUCGAGCAAACCUUGUAAGUCAUAUGAAGAUGCAUUCAGGAGAGAAAAUACACCAUUGUUCUAAGUGUGGCAAGAGUUUCACUGAGGGAAGUCUCCAAACACAACUGAAAAGGCAUGAAAAGGAGAGACCACACGUGUGUUCUUACUGUGGCGACUUAUUGUAGCACCAGAAAAUACUGUACAUGCCGUGAGAAACCUCAUGUGUGCUUUGAGUGUGGGAAAGCCUUUACUAGAGUCACAUACAUUAAAAGGAACAAAAUAAUUCAUUCAGGAGAAAACCAUACAAGUACACAGAUUGUGGAAUGACUUUUGCACACACAUGAGAGAGUGCAUACUGGAGAGAAGCCGUUCAUGUGGAUUAUCCUUGUCCAUAUCCUUAACUAUUUAAUUAAGUUAAUCAUAGCUGUUGAAAGGUGUUGCAUGCAUUUCAGUUGCAAUGCUAUCAAGAGGCAAAAAAAAGAAGAGUGCUAUGGUGUUGAAACCUUAAAGAGAUAAUCCAUCUAAAAAUAAUAGUUCUGUCUUUUCUGUUCCGAUCCAUAACUUUCAGACAAAAUUUUGAGAGUUCUCUUUUUAUUAAGGUCGAUGGCUCAAAAAGUGAUCCAAAAAGCAACAUAAAGGUAAUCCAUAUUCUGUGCUAUUCCAAGUGAUAUGAUUGUGUGAGAAGUAGAUGGAAAUUUAAGUCAUUGUUUGCUGUAAAUCUUCCAUUCUACAGAAGCUGUCAAAUCUCUCUUGAGUGGUCACAUUCAAUUUGAAUAUGUGGCACAUCAGACACACCACGUUUGAAUGAUGUCAAACAUCAUUGGCUCUUUCAUAUCACAAAGCAUAACAUAUUUGAAUUUAACGGGAGUGCAAAUAUAUGAUGACAGAAUUAUUAUUUUGGGGGCCAAUUUUUCCUUUAACUAGAGAAUUUAUCUCUAAAAAACUUUUUUUCAAUUGCAAUCAAAUUCAGGAGUGUGUGAGAUUAUGGGUUAAUGGGGUACAUUAAUAAUGUCAUUUAUUUAUCUCAAAACCACAAAUGUGUGGUAAUUGUAAUAUUAAUAAACAUAUACACCAUAAAAUUACCAGAAAUAAAAAAGAAG